GAUCAUCCUAGUUUACAUCAUCUUCUUUCUACGCAGCCCAUAUAGGGUUUUUUGCUGCACUACUGGCGGUAUUUUAUCUAAAUUUGGAUAUGAAAUGGCAGUUGGAUAAAUCAGUUAUAGGAACAAAUUCAGGAACAACUACUAGAACCGUUGAGCCCGGGGAUGUUAUUCAAUGGUUGACAGAGCACAAAUGGCAUUUAAAGUUUCUCAAUAAUUGGACGUGUGCAUUAUACAAACUCUGGAUGCCAUGUGCUACGAAGGAUUCUUCAUAUCAGUCCUUUGCCACUCCUGGAUGAAGGAAGCAUUAAACACCUUUUCUCCGCUGGAAUUAGAGGCAGAUUUUGCCAUUGCUAAAGGAAUGAUUCAUGACAAUAAAAUGGUAACAGCAUUAUUUAAAAACUACAGAUAUCAUUUUACUUUUAAUAGCAUUUUAAUUUAAUUAAUUAAAUUAUGCAGUUUU